AUGUCGGGUGUGUCUGAUGCAGGAACAUCCUCACUUUGUGAGACUAUCUGUUCGGGGGUUGCAGGAGUAAUACUAGUUAUAGAAUCAUUUGUUUCACAGUGUAUUGAAGUUCCUUUACCGGUCCGAUGCACGUUGAUAUGUGCCGAAAUGUCCUUUGUGGGAGUAUUAUCAAUCAGAGAUAGGCUAACACCAGAAUUUAUUUCAGAGGGGAUGGGUACUUGUAAAUUUAUUGGAUUAUGCGAAUUAUUAGUAUCCAUACCUUGCGAGUUCUGUUCCUUGAUUAGUGAAACAUCGCAUUCCAGUUUCGUAAAUCUGGUUUCAUGUUCUUCCAAACAUACUUCUUUCUAA